UAGAGGAUUAGAACACGUAGCUACGAACCUUAGUAUCAGAGGGUUCGAAUCCCUCCUCGCCCACAACCAGCCAUGGGCUCGAGGUCGAGAUUGACGAGAAAUGACCAAGAAAAUGGAUCCAAGUUUGAAAAGCUUGACGAAGAUGCACAAGCACAUACACAAACCCAAACCAAACGCUAUCUCUUUCACUUCCAUACACCCUUUCUUUUGCUUCUUCCAAAAACUUCCCCAACUUCAAUCCCUCCAAGUAAUCCAAUCCCCACCCGCCAACUUCUCUUCCCCCUCUCUCAAUACUCAAUCCGCCAUCGCCAAAUUCCGCCUUCAAUGGACGAAUCCGAGACGUACCCUAAGGAGUACUACAAUGAUCGGAGCAGAGCAGAUGGAAUCCGGACUUCAUCGGCGUUGUCUUCUUCGUCCACCACCAGUGUCCACGUUACGGCACUGGACGGUCUCGUCAACGUCAAUUCACUUUUCACCAUCGCUGUAUUUGUAGGGCUUUCGUUGACCACGCCUGGGCAGCAUAGUCUCCAGAAUUCCUCGGUCUGCGAUGCUGGCAUUGAUGUUGCUCGGAAGCUUCUGGUUUUCGAGGUCGUGUCGUUUAGCUUUUUUCUGUUCUCGUCUCUUGUGGCGCAGGGUUUGAAGCUUGCCAUUAAUCUUUUGAAUAGUAAGGAUGUGGAUGAGGCGUUUAGGGCACACAUCAAUUUGAAGGUGCUGAGAUUGGGGAUGUUGGCUUCCGCCGUUGGAUCGGUCAUGGGUUGCUUGUUUCUGAUGCUGUCCAUGGUGAAUGUCAUCCAAAUUCGCCUUGGAAUGCUGUCCUGUGGAAGCAAGUCCGCGGUUCAUGCUGUGACUGCGCUUCUUGUUCUGGUUACCUCUGCUCUUUUGGUCUAUAUUUCCACUGCUAUCUAUGCUUUUCUGCAUUGAUUGAAUGCUUAAUCCACGAUGAUUUAUAUAUAUAUAUAUAUAUGCUUCUCUUUUGCUUAUUGUUAGUUACACGUAUUCUUGAGCUGCCCUCUGUUGGUUUCCCUUGACCUCCAUUGCACUCUAUUUGAGCUUAUUUCAGCUGCGCAAUGUUAAAGAAUAUGAUUAUACCCUCACCUAUCAGCUUAAAGUGUUCUAGAGUUUAGUGAUCACUACUAUGGUUUGAACUCUUAAUUUAAGCUUUUGGGUUUAAUGGUAGUUUAAUAUGUAUUAGCACAUUAGCUUUUGAGCUUAGUGGUAGUUUAUGUAUUAGCACAGGAAGCUGUGUUCAAAGCCUUAAACUGCUUAGUUAAGCUUUUAAGGUUAGUGUCAUUGUAACAUUUAUCUUGAAUGGCUUUUUGUGUAUAUUGUUAUGAGAAAUGGGAAUGACCCUCUUCGUAUA